CUAGUGUUGACAGUUCAUUGACUAUAACCAAGUUUUUUUCACAGCUUUUUUUUAAACAAAUAUUUUUUAAAUUGUGAUAAAAAUAAUAAAAGCUAAGUAGAGGACUCAUGGUACCCUUUCGAUUCAGAAACCUGUUAUUAAAUUUCAAUAUCUCCAGACAUAUGGUAAUAGAAAAUACUAGAUACAUUCACAAAUACAUUUUUAAAAUGGAUAAAGCGUAUUUGAGGCAUUUGGAUGAUGAAACAUUCGAUUUUACGUUUAAAUAUGUCAAUGAAGAACUGAAAGUUAACCGGCAGUUCAAUUUAAGUCGUAAAUCGAGUGAAACAGUUGAAGCAUUUCUGCAACGGGUUUCCGCCAACCUGGAAAAAGUUAUUAGCAAAAAAAAUAAAAAGAAAAAGGAUACAGAUACCUCAACGCCACAUUUAAACAUUUCACUGACGGUGAAUAAUGACGAUGUAGACAAAAGCAUGUUUUGCUAUGAGAUCUUUCGUGAGAGAAGUCAAAUUUCACUUAGAAUCAAUGAAACCACAUAUCAUGUGAUUGUAAACUCGCCAUGGAUUUAUGCUUUGGCUUUGCCAGCAUGUAUGAUGGCAGACUUUCCAGUAUAUCCUAGCAAAUAUGACACUACAUACACUGAUAAGGACAAAUCUCAGUUUUUAUGGUCAAAAUCAAAAAACAAACAGACAUGGGUUCAUGCUGGUGAGGGAUACAUCUUUCAUCCUACAACUGAAGAUAUUGGACAUUACUUAAAGCUGAGUUGUCUGCCAAGGAAUGAUAGAUUGGAAGGUCCAGUUGCUGAAGCUAUUUCAUCAUGCGUUGUUGAAGCAGGUCCUGGAGAAUGUCCAUUUGAGAGAAGGCAUGCCUUCACCAAAUCAAGAGUUGAAGAAAAGGAAUUUCGUGUGGUAACAUACAACAUAUUGGCAGAUUUGUACUGCGAUUCUGAUUACACAAGACAAGUUUUGUUUCCUUAUUGUCCACCAUUUGCCUUGAGUAUUGAUUAUAGGAAAGAGCUAAUACUCAAAGAAAUUAUAGGAUACAAUGCGGAUAUGAUUGCCUUGCAAGAAGUAGAUAGAAAGGUAUUUAAAUAUGAUCUAGAACCAACACUGAGUCAGCUUGGUUAUGAUGGAACCUUGACAACUAAAGGUGAAGAGGUAGCAGAAGGGCUGGCUUUCUUCACAUUUAAAAAACGCUUCAACCUUCUAAGGUCAGCGAAAAUAGUCUUUGCAGAACAGUUACCCAAAAAUCCACUAUAUUCAAGUAUAUGGUGUGAAGUUCAAAAAAAUGAACAGCUGAUGACUAGAGUUUUGAACAGAAGUACUACAAUGCAAGUUAAUCUAGUGAUCUCUGUUGAGCAUGAUGAGAUGAUACUUGUUGGGAAUAUUCAUAUGUACUUCCAUCCUGAUGCUGAUCAUAUUAGGUUACUUCACGGAGGAAUGGCCAUUUUAUAUUUGGAAGAUUUGGUUAAAAAAUUGAGGAAGGAGAAUACCGACAAGAGAGUUUCAUUGAUACUUUGUGGAGAUUUUAAUAGUACACCAGACUGUGGCAUUUAUAAACUAUACACCACUGGAGACGUUUCCAAGGAUUGUAUUGACUAUCAAAGCAGAACAACUGACGAUAUGGCCCUUAGAGCUGGCAGAUCACAAUAUCAUAGUGAGAUGGGACUACCCCGGCGCAUUUUUAUAGUAGACUCAAUUACUUCGGAGAAAUGGAUCCGCUGGGGUUUUUUAAAAAGGUGGAUAUCCAAGAACGAAUUAUCUCCUUACCCCAGUACUGAACCCUACAACAAGAACUGAACAAUGAAGCUCUGUAACGAUCAGGGUUGUGGUCGAAAGAACCAUAAUUAGAGAUCACAAAGCGGUAAUCAUUGUAACAACAUAUUCCGCCGGUUGGUACCUCCACUUUCGAUAGUCCGAGACCGUCUACCACCUACGGACAAUGACAACACCCAUCGCCAAGAGAAAAAAUAUCUCGGGACGGGAAAACGCAAUACAUUAUCAGAAUGUAGACUGUACAAGAAGAAAUUAUCCUUUUUUUUGAAAUAUUUUAAUAUGCUACAUUUUAUCACAAUGUGAGUAAUAUUUUCUUUUUAUUGUCAAGAUAAAGAAGAAGCCAUACAGAAUAUUGAAUUCAAGCAGGAAUUGAAGCUCAACAGCGCUUGUGGAACCCCGCAAUACACCAAUUUCACAGCUGGAUUUGCUAACUGCUUAGAUUAUAUUUAUUAUGACACAGAUAACUUGCAGGUAUCGCAAGUUGUGCCUCUACCAUCACAGGAAGAAUUGACACAGAAUGUAGCUUUACCAAGUGUUGUAUUUCCAUCCGAUCACAUAGCAUUGAUUAGUGAUUUAAAAUGGAAUCAAUGAAUUAUUUAUCGAUAAUUCCUAAUGAAAAUAAAUAUUUUUCGUUUCUUGAA